UAUCAUUUCCCUUGUAUUCCCCAAACGUUACAACAUUUUCUCUAUCUUUAUUUUUUCUUUCCUCCUAAAUGCCAGACCCAGUCCCCUAUGUGUCUCUUGCGACCUCUGUUUUGAGUCUCUUUCUUUGUGUUGCAUUACCCUUUUACCUUUUUCAAAGCCAUGUGACAUCGUCCCCCCUUCCAAGCAAAAUGAAUUAAUCCUAUUUGCUUUUAAGAGUGAUCCCUUGAUUCAAAACGUGAAUUUAAACCUAAACAACAUUCUUCCAAAAGAAGAAAGAAAAAGAAAUCAUUAAUUGCUAAUCUACAUGACUAUUGAUUCGAUUCCAGACCCUGCUAACUUCCUGCAUGUCAUGAUACAUAUGAAGAAGCAACCUGACCAAGAAGUCAGGCAUCUGAAUUCCUCUUCCUUCACACACCCAUUUAAGAAAGGUACUUCCACAGCAAGAUAUUCUUGUGUGUCAUCUCUUUGAAAUUUCAUGCAUGGAUUACUUAAGACAGCUUAGUUCCAACCUAUUUUGAAGCUUUUCUCUGUAGCACAGAGUGAAACUAGAUGCAAGGACUAGUCAGAGCAAUACGAUCUUGCCAAGAAACACUCAGGGCAGCAAUUCUGCAGCAUGGGAAUGGGGGAGCAGCAUUUGAAGUGGAGAAAUUCUUUUCGCGUUUUGGAGGUGUCACCUCCUCUAGAUCUUCACCCGUGCAGCUGAAAGGGCUGGAGAAUGUGACGGUGGCAGAGGUGCUGAUGACAAAGGGAGGAGAAAAACUUGGUUCCUGGCUGUGGUGCCACACUGAUGAUGCUGUCAUUGAUGCUGUAAAAAAGAUGGCUGCAAAUAAUAUCGGGUCUCUAGUUGUCCUAAAACCAGUGGUGCAACAUCUUGCAGGAAUAGUCACCGAAAGAGACUACACGAUGAAAAUAAUCGGGCAAGGAAGAUCACCGACGCUUACAAGAGUUGGGGAAAUUAUGACUGAUAAGGACAAAAUAAUAUCGGUGACAUCUGAUACCAACAUUCUUAAAGCAAUGCAGCUCAUGACAGAGAAUCGGAUACGACAUGUGCCAGUGAUAGAUGGGAAGAUAGUUGGGAUGAUCUCCAUUGUUGAUGUUGUAAGAGCAGUAGUGGAGCAGCAAAGUGGAGAACUGAAGCAAUUGAACGAAUUCAUCAGAGGUGACUACUACUAGAACCUAAACGACACCUACAUGCAGAAGGAUUUUAGAUUUUGAAUAUGCUGCAAUAUUUACAUUGCUAUAAACAGAAAGAGAUUACAAUAAAUAAGUAAAUUCACAAAUUGACGUGGUUUCAUAUGAUUCAUUAGAUCUUCUUUACGAUAAAAGUCUUUACAAUCAAACCAUGUCUUUUUGUAGAUUUACUUUUGUGAAAUUCUUUUGUGAUUAAAGUAUUUCUUUUUACAGAAACUAUGUAAUCCCAAAAGGAAAAUAUCAGUUUCCAAAAUCAAUAUUCUUGUAUGCGAUGUGCUGAAUAAACAAAAUGAUAUGUUAAAUAUCUACCUUUGUCAAUUAAUAGAAUGUUUGGGUGC